GGUGGGAGGUGAAGGUCACUGAUUUGUUUGGGUUUGCUUUGGCCAAUUGUCAGCCAAGACCUUGAUUUCUGUUACUUGUGAAUAUUCCUGGUUUGUUUUUCCUGGCUGAAUCCAUCUUUUUAUCUGUUCCAGUGGAGAGCUGAGCUGGCAUUGUCCUCCCUGCUUUUAUUUCCAUUGAGUUUUUAGGGGUGGGCAGGCAGAGGAUUCCUUUUGGGCAGGGCUGCAUCUGCCUGCAGGAUCUCAGCUGGACUCCCUGCUCCUCCCAGUGCAAAUGCCUUAACUCAGGAGCAGAUUUCCCUGCUCUGUCAGACCUGUUCAGUGACAAAAGUCACUACAUUUUCUGUCACUAAACAGAACUAAACUCAACUCAAGUGUUCUGUUUAGUGACAGGAAAUUUAGUGACUGAGACAAAGUCUUGAGAUCCAAGGAGCAAAGAGGGAAGUCACUGGGAGGUGUCCUGGAGGAGGAAAAGCAAAUCCUUCAUUCUUUGCUCUAUUGGGCAGUUUUAAAUACAGACAUUUGCAAUUGUUUCUAAGUGAAAUUUGCCAAACAGAAUGAAAGAAGAGGGAUUUCCUCCAACACCUCAGAAGGGCUGUAGUGCCCACAACUGCCACGUGGUCCAGGGAUGGGCUGGUGACACACAGAGUGCCCCUUUGCCAGCUUGUCCUUCCAAAGCCCUUUCCUCGUGCUGCACAGGCCCUUCCCAGUGGAUUCCCUGUGGAAUCCAGCCCAGAAUUUGUUCAUUAAAUGCCUGGUGCAGCUGAAUGAGAAAAGUUGGAUUUAAGGAGGGCUUGGUAGUCAAAAACCUUCAAAAGCCAAAACUCGAAAUGAAAAUGAGGAAGUGAUUGAAGGAGUGGUUGGUAGUCAAAACCUUCAGAACCCAAAGUUCUAAAUGGAGAUGGAAAAAGUGAUUGAAGGAGUGGUUGGUAGUCAAAAACCUUCAAAACCCAAAGCUCUGAAUGAAAAUAAAAAAAGUGAUUUAAGAAGUGGUUGGUAGUCAAAGCCCUUAAGACACAAAACUCUAAAUGCAAGGGUUCCUUUCUAUUACAAUUACCCUUUUUAAGACUGUUCACAGAGUGGAUGAACAAGGUAUCUUGUGCCCUGCAGGGCCUGGGGCACACCCUGAGCCCUUGUGGAGCUGUUGUUUCUCCUCCUCCUGCUCCAGGCCACAGGUGCCCCCCGGCCAGGAGCGGCCAUCGCUGCGUGGCCGACAGUUCCAACCUCUACGUCUUCGGGGGCUACAAUCCCGACUACGAUGAGUCUGGGGGCCCAGAGAACGAGGACUACCCCCUCUUCAGGGAGCUCUGGAGGUACAACUUUGCCACAGACACCUGGCACCAGAUGGGCACCGAAGGCUACAUGCCCAGGGAGCUGGCCUCCAUGUCACUUGUCUUACAUGGCAACAACCUCCUGGUGUUUGGGGGCACCGGGAUCCCCUUCGGAGAGAGCAACGGCAACGACGUCCACGUGUGCAACGUCAAGUACAAGAGAUGGGCUCUGCUCAGCUGCCGCGGCAAGAAACCCAACCGCAUCUACGGCCAGGCCAUGGCCAUCAUCAAUGGGUGUCUCUACGUGUUUGGAGGAACAACUGGCUACAUUUACAGCACUGACCUCCACAAGCUGGACCUCAACACCCGGGAAUGGAUCCAGCUGAAGCCAAACAAUAUGUCCUGUGACAUGCCAGAGGAGAGGUACAGACAUGAAAUUGCUCAUGACGGUCAAAGGAUUUAUAUCCUGGGAGGUGGAACUUCCUGGACAGCUUAUUCCUUGGAUAAGAUCCACGCCUACAACCUGGAAACCAACACCUGGGAGGAGAUCACCACGAAGCCUCACGAGAAAGUCGGUUUCCCAGCAGCCAGAAGAUGCCACAGCUGUGUGCAGAUUAAAAAUGGCUGGCUGCAUGUACAUCCACGGAGGGGUGGUCAACAUCCACGAAAACAAACGGACUGGCUCCCUGUUCAAAAUGUGGCUGGUGGUGCCCAGCCUGCUGGAACUGUGCUGGGAGAAGCUCCUGGAAUGUUUCCCUCACCUAGCAACUCUCUCCAGAUCCCAGCUUUUGCACCUUGGACUGACGCAGGGACUCGUUGAGCGACUAAAAUGAGCAAUCUCCCACUUCUGUCCAAGACUCACCACGUUGAAGAAUUCCCCCUCCCACCCCCUAUUUAUGGAUUCCACGGAUGGUCUUGCUAAGAACAUGGAGGAACCUGCUCAAGGCCUUACUCAGCAAAUACAUCAAUGCCUUUCCAGACAUGGUUACUUUUAGUCAUUGGAGAAAAAAGAGAAAGUCCCCUUUUUAUUUAUGGAGCUCUUAAGUUACACCAUUAAUCCAAAAGUAUUUUCUGAGACUAAGCAGCCAACCAGCACCCUGUCAUCAGCACACGCUUGCAGUUAAUUGGGGAGCUUAAUGAGUUACUGAAUGUCCGAGCCCGUGCUCAACGUGGCACCUUCACCUUGGUACUCCCACCAUGGCAUCCAGCGAGGGACACGAUGCAGAACGAGCACCAGGCUGCUCUUUGGCUGUGGCUGCCCCCUCCCUGGCAGCCAGCUGAGCCCCUGUCCAAAGCCAGCCCGUUCCCCCAGCCCUGCAUGUUCCCUGGGCAUGUUCCCACCCCGAGCCCCUGCAGACGGCUGGAACGUCGCCCGGGCCGCGAGCCCAGCUGGGCCUGCAGCUCCCCCGGUGCAGUGUCUGUGUCCUCCCCUUUUCACAGCGAAAGGUUUGCUUGGAAGACUGGGAAAAGGUUGCCACUUAAGGGACUACUGUGUAGUUUACUGGGGGUGGGGAGGGAAAAGCUUUUCCUGAGGCUUUUUGAACCUUUUUGCCUCGCUUUGCACCCACAACGAGCUCCAGCAAGGACUUACCCUGUAGAUUUCAGAGCUCUUGGAACCUGCUCAGCCAAGCCAUGGUUCUCAGCAUCUCCCAGCUUUUGGUUUUCCUUCCUCCCACACAUGCCAAAAAUUGGCCUUUUUCUUCUUGUUUCACGUUGCCCUGAGGGUGGGAGAUGUGAUUUAAAGCUGGCUUGGGGAGUGGCUUUGUGGAUCGCUCAGCCCAGGAAAUACAGCAUCCAAAAAAGGGAGAGGGAGCAACUGUCCCUCCUUCUGGGGACAGGGAUUGUCCCUGCACAGGAAGGGGUGCCUCUGGUCCUCUUGUGCUCUCUACACUGCAUUUGUUUAAGUGGCCACUGAACUCUGAACAGCUCCAGGCAUGAGGUUUGUGCAAAAUCCUUUUCAGUUGGAGCCCAUUUUUAAGUGCCUUUUGUUUUUAAAAUCAGCUUUUCCCAAUGCUUUCCUCUUCAUCAAAGGCAGAGGUUACACUCUGAGGUUUUAGUUUCUUUUUAAGAAAUGGCAUUUAUGUUUAAAUAAACCAUAGCAUUGUCUUCAUGUUGUUAAUCCAAA